AGAUUGUUUAACUCAUUAUCACAUAACCUGCAACUUAAUUUUCUACCAAUUGAAUUUCCAGAAUCAUGGUGUCCUCCAGAACCCAUUUGAUCACUUACUUCCUUCCUUUCUUGAUCCCUUUUGCUGUCUCACUUACCUUCAACUUCACAAAUUUUGGUCUACAGAAUCAGAAUGGGGACAUAGUAAUAGAAGGACAGGGAGCGACUAUCACUGACGGUGAAAUCCAGUUGACCCAAAAUGUGAGUCAUCAAGCCGGACGGGCUACAUACUUCAGACCACUUCAUCUUUGGGAUAGGAAAUCUAAUGAGCUAGCAAGCUUCACUACCAAUUUCACAUUUGUGAUAGAUUCAAACUGGCGUGGGUAUUAUGGUGAUGGCCUCACGUUCUUUCUAGCUCAGAGCAAUAAUUCGGAGACGUAUACUGGUCAAAAUAUUGAAACUGCGACCCAAUUUGUUGCAGUGGAGUUUGAUACUUUCUGGAACGUUGGUUGGGAUCCAAUAGUAGGGAGAGAUAUUCGCAUGGGUGAUCAUGUGGGCAUCAGCAUUAGCUCUCUUAGUUCUGUUAGAACAGAGAAAUGGUUUAGUAAUGUACCUGGUGGCGGGGUGUGUCAAGCUUGGAUCAAGUACGAUUCAGAUUUGAAGAAUCUUAGUGUUUCUUUCACUGGUUUUCAAAAUAAUACAUCUUUUCGUCAAGAUGGACUUUAUUACAUCGUUGAUCUCAGCCAAGUAUUGCCCGAAUGGGUUACUUUCGGGUUUUCAGCAGCGACAGGAGCUCUAAACCAGAAUAAUAAAGUGAGAGCUUGGGCGUUUGAUAGCUCGAAUUUACCAGGUGAUGAAAUUAAUGAGGUACCACAAAUCCCUAUCCCUGAUCUAGUGAAAGGAAAAAAUAUAAAGGUGAGUUUAGUUGUAGGUUUAGCAGUUGGAAUAAUGGUUACUGUUACUCUUCUGUUUCUGCUUGUAUUCGCUUUUUUGUGGAAAAAGAAAAAAAACAUAAAGGAAGAAGCGAAAGAAACUGGAUUUGAUGUUGUUUUGAAGAACGAAUAUCAAAUGGGCGCUGGACCUAAAAGGUUCUCUUACCACGAAUUAGCUCAAUCAACAAACGAUUUUGCAGAGAACAAUAAGCUUGGGGAGGGAGGUUUUGGUGGGGUAUACCAAGGUUUUCUGGCAUAUUCAAAUACGUACGUCGCAGUCAAAAGGGUGUCAAAGAGUUCGAAACAAGGGAUAAAUGAAUACGCAUCAGAAGUGAGGAUCAUUAGCAGAUUGAGGCAUAGAAGUCUUGUUCAGCUUAUGGGUUGGUGUCAUGAGAAAGGGAAUCUCUUGCUUGUUUACCAGUAUAUGGAAAAUGGAAGCUUAGAUUCCCAUCUCUUUAAGGAAAAAAGCUUGUUGACAUGGGGCACAAGGUACAAAAUUGUUAAUGGUCUAGCUUCUGCUCUGUUGUAUCUACAUGAAGAAUGGGAACAAUGUGUUUUGCAUAGAGAUAUUAAAUCUAGUAACGUGAUGUUGGAUUUGAAUUUCAAUGCAAAGCUUGGUGAUUUUGGGUUAGCUACAUUGGUUGACCAUGAGAAAGGUGCGCAAACAACAAAGUUGGCUGGAACCUUGGGUUACAUGGCUCCUGAAUGUGUGGUGACUGGAAAGGCAACCAAAGAAUCGGAUGUUUUCAGUUUCGGAGUUGUUGUGUUGGAAAUAGCAUGUGGGAGAAGACCCAUCGAGUACAAGGCUCAAGGAAAUCAAAUAUGGUUACUAGAAUGGAUUUGGGAGCUCUAUGGAGCAGGUAAAGUUUUGGAAGCAGUUGAUCCACGUCUAGGGUCAGAUUUUGAUGAAGAAGAAAUCAAGCAUAUGAUAAUCAUGGGAUUAUGGUGCGUGCACCCUGAUUCUAAAGUUCGUCCAUCUAUGAGACAAGUGAUUCAAGUACUGAACGCGGAAGCUUCCGUGCCUAUAUUCCCCUCAAAGAUGGUUAUUUCAUCCUAUUGGAAACCUCCCGUCGUGAAAAACCAUUCAUCGUGUGUGGUUUCUAAUAAAGAUUCUUCAAAUAAGUCAUUACUUGUUGGUCGUUAAAGACCUACGUCAACAACUUUUUGCUCUCUCAAAUGAGCGUAUUUUUCAUGUAUCUAUUCAUGAGUGUGUUAUUAAUAGUCACUAACCUUCUUUGCUUUCAAUAUAUAGGAGCUACUAAAAGUGUA